AUGGCCUGCUGCACCACUAGCUUCUGUGGAUUCCCCAGCUGCUCCACUGGUGGCAGCUGUGGUUCCAGCUGCUGCCAGCCCAGCUGCUGCCCAACUAGCUGCUGCCAGCCCAGCUGCUGCCCAACCAGCUGCUGCCAGCCCAGCUGCUGCCAGCCCAGCUGCUGCUCAUCCGGCUGCGGUGGGUCUGGCUCUGGCAUUGGAGGUGGCCAGGGGGGAAGCGGUGGAGCUAUGACCUGCCGCGUCAGGUGGUGCCGCCCUGACUGCCGCGUGGAGGACACUUGCCUGCCCCCCUGCUGUGUGGCCAGCUGCACCCCCCCAACCUGCUGCCAGCUGCACCAUGCCCAGGCCUCCUGCUGCCGCCCAUCCUACUGUGGCCAGUCCUGCUGCCGCCCAGCCUGCUGCUGCUGCCGCUGCCCAACUGGCUUCUGUGAGCCCAGCUGCUUCUUACCAAAACUCCAAAACUUCUCCAAGAAACUCAGCUCUCAAAUUCCUGACACCAUGGCCUGCUGCACCACCAGCUUCUGUGGGCUCCCCAGCUGCACCACCACUGGAACCUGUGUCUCCAACUGCAGUAAGCCUGCUUGCUCUCCGACCAGCUGCUGUAAGCCCACCUGCUGUAUAACCAGCUGCGGUAAGCCUGCCUGCUGCACAGCCAGCUGUAGCACUGGUGGAAGUGCUGGCAGUGGCCAGAAGGGUGGCUUAGGAGCUGCCUGCUGCCGUACCAGGUGGUACCGCCCUGACUGCUGCGUCAACUUCACCUGCCUGCCCCCCUGCCGUGUGGCCAGUUGCACCCCCCCAACAUGCUGCCAGCUGCAUUAUGUCCAGUACUCUUGCUGCCGCCCAUCCUACUGUGGACAGUCCUGCUGCCGCCCAGCCUGCUGCAAGCCUACCAGCUCUCAGCCCAGCUGCUCCCAGCCCAGCUGCACCAAACCCAGCUGCACAGAUUCCAAAACCUCCCAGCCCAUCUGCUCCCAACCCACUGACUCCAAGCCCAGCUGCUCCCAACCCACUGACUCCAAGCCCAGCUGCUCCCAACCCACUGACUCCAAGCCCAGCUGCUCCCAACCCACUGACUCCAAGCCUAGUUGCUCCCAGCCUACUUGUUCUAAGCCCAGCUGCUCCCAGCCCACUUGUUCCCAGCCUGACUGCUCCCAGCCCACCAGCAAUGAGCCAGCUGCUAAAAGCUAA